AAACAUGGAAGAGCAAGAAGGGGACCAGGAGGCAUACCGAAGUGGCAGUUCAUCGUUGAUAUCCGGUGCGACAAUGAGAAGGGCUCAACCACCUCCAGGGUUGUCUCCUUCUUCGAUAAACAUUUGCAAAGCUUAUCAUGGACGUUCACAUGACACUCCUAUGGUUGAUUUUGAGGAAGAUGAGGCCGAUGAAGAAGAUAUUGACUAUGAUGAAGAAGAGGAAGGAGAAGAAGAUGAGGAUGAUGAAGAAGAUGAUGAAGAAGAUGAAGAGGGAGGAGUUGAUAUCAUUGACAUGGGAUCAUUUUCUGAACCAGGAAGAAAGUUUUUGUCUAAAGUGUGGAAAGAAUAUGAGCCUAUUCGUGUUGAUGGCAUAGUUGUAGCUGCUGAGUGCAAACAUUGUGCAAGGAAUAUUUGUGCUGAGCAUAAACAUGGAACAAGUUCAUUGCGCAAACAUUUGAAGAGAUGCAAGGAAAGGAAGAAGGUUCUUAGAGUUUCUGGGCAGCUGAGUGCUUCUAUAGUGAGUCCGGAUGGAGUUGCAAUGGGGCUUUGGACCUUUAAUCAGGCAUUAGCACGUCGAGAGCUCAUGAGGAUGACCGUGUUGCAUGAGUUGGCAUUCUCAUUGCUGGAGUAUGAUGGAUUCAGAAGAUUUGUUUCUAGUCUAAAUCCAAAUUUCAAAAUGAUAUGCAGAAAAACAGUGAAGGAUGAUUGCAUGAAAGCAUUUAAGGAUUCUCAGAUGGGCACAACAGUCAAAUAUAUGAAGAGAAAAUUCAGAAGGUAUUGGAAAAUGACAUGGUUGAGCCUCUGUAUUCCCGUGAUUUUGGACCCACAAUUCAAGUUGAAAUAUAUUGAGUUUCGAUUUGGCCUAGAGUUUGGGAAUGAAGCUGCAACAAUGAUUGCUAAAAUAAAAAAUGUGUUUCAAGGGUUGUUCAAGGAAUACCUCCAAUGGAAUGACAGUUUCUCAAAUCCCAUGUCACAAGGAGGUGAUCAUGACAUGGCUGUAAAUGGUGAAGAUCCUAUGGCUGAUUGGGACCAUCAUGUCACCCUCACUGCUCGAUCAACAAAUUUGGAUUCUACUGAACUAGAUUCAUACUUAUCAAAGCUAAUACUCGGCUCAGCUUGGCUUCAGUUCAUGACAUUAUACUAG